UUGUUUUUUUAUCACAAGCGAGCUCGCUGCUGGUCGUGUUCUUCCGUUCGUUCCGCAAUAAAUUUAAAAGUGUAUUAUAAAAUACGGAUAUAUCUAUAUAGACGACGUCUUAAGGGACAGGCGCAACUGAACAAAAGGAAAUUUGGACCACCUAGACCUUCUUCACGCGAUACGACGACGGGAUCGAGACAGCAAAAACAAUAACAAUAGCAACAGUUCAGUUUCAGUUACCCGAGCCCAACAAUCAAAAUGUGCCAGCCAUAAAGCAUAGUGCUCCACGUCGACAUAGAAAACUCCACUUAGAAAAGGAUUUGAGAUCGAUCCUCGAUCUGCGCCAAAAAAAAAGACAAGACGACAUUUUUUGACGACAGCAAAAGCAAGUAAUACUUGAUACAACGUUAAGACGAGUCUGGAGAAUGGUUAAAAAGCAAGUCGAUUUUGACAACAACGCGUCCUUAGUAUUAAGUCAGCAGCAGAAGCAGCUUGAACAGCAGCCACAGCAACAACAGCAGCAGCCGCAGCAGCAUCAAGAUCAACAGGAGGCAUCGCAACGUAUCGAUAUUGACUUGACGCCGCAAGGGGUGCAAGAGGAGCAAAGCUUCAAUUACGCACAGCAAGCAAAUGCGAUAUAUGCACCGUCAUUGAGAUCAGCAGCAGCCAACUAUGAGAAACUUGUGCCGCAUCAGCUGCAUCUGCAACAGCACCAUGCAACUGCAACGCCCUACAAUCUCAACAUUGUGCCGCCACAGACACACCUCGCCAUCGACGACGUUUCUGGCGUGCCCAUCUCCAUUAUGCCCAACGAGAUACCGGCCGAGGAUGAGGAGCGACUCGAGCGCAUCUUCAAUCAAUUGGAUCGCGAUGGCGAUGGCAAGAUCGACAUACACGAUCUCUCGGCGGCCCUCCACGAGUUUGGUCUCUCGAGCGUUUAUGCGGUGAAAUUCCUGCAGCAGUCGGACAAGGAUCAAAGCGGUAAUGUGGGAUUCGCCGAGUUCCUUACCUAUGUGCGGGAGCACGAGAAGAAUUUGUGCCUGCAGUUCUCGCACCUGGACAAGAAUCGUGAUGGCAAAGUGGACUUAGAGGAGUUGAUAUCGGCAUUCAAGGAUCUGGGUCUGGACGUGGACAUCGAUGAAGCUCGCAAACUUCUCGGCAGAAUGGACAAGGAUGGCAGCCUGAAUAUAAGCUUUAAUGAGUGGCGCGACUUUAUGCUGUUGGCGCCCUCAACGGACAUUCAUGAUCUAAUCAAAUUUUGGCGGCACUCUACUGCAGGUGUGCAAAGCUGGCUAAUCUCGGUGAUGUUGCUCGGUCGCAAGUAUUCCAUGAAUAAAGAUGUGUACCUCGACAUUGGCGAGGAUAUGAAUGUACCUGAUGACUUUACGCAAAAGGAAAUGCAGACAGGUCUCUGGUGGCGACACCUGGUGGCCGGUGGCAUCGCUGGCGCAGUGUCACGCACUUGCACAGCUCCGCUGGACAGAGUUAAAGUGUUCCUCCAGGUGCAAACUUGCAGAAUGGGAAUCUCAGAGUGCAUGAAAAUACUGCUAAAGGAGGGCGGUUUUCGCAGCAUGUGGCGCGGCAAUGGCAUUAAUGUGCUCAAGAUUGCCCCCGAGACAGCGCUCAAGUUUGCCGCCUACGAGCAAAUGAAGCGUUUGAUUCGCGGCAGCGACACCACACGACAGAUGACAAUCGCCGAGCGUUUCUAUGCUGGCGCAGCAGCUGGCGGCAUCUCACAGACGAUUAUCUACCCCAUGGAAGUAUUAAAGACACGUUUGGCGCUACGCAAGACGGGACAGUACGCGGGCAUUGGCGAUGCGGCAGUAAAGAUCUUUAAGCACGAAGGUGCGCGCAGCUUCUAUCGCGGCUAUGUGCCCAAUAUGCUGGGCAUUCUGCCCUAUGCUGGCAUCGAUUUGGCCGUGUAUGAAACUCUCAAGCGUCGCUAUAUUGCCAGCCACGACAACAACGAGCAGCCCAGUUUCCUGGUGCUGCUGGCUUGCGGCAGCACGUCGAGUGCGCUGGGUCAACUCUGCUCAUAUCCAUUGGCGUUGGUGCGAACUCGGCUGCAGGCACAAUCUGCCGAGACAAUUUCUGGCCAGAUACGGAAAACACAGAUUCCCAUGAAGAGCAGCGACGCACACAGCGGCGAGGAGACAAUGGUGGGACUGUUCCGCAAGAUUGUGCGACAAGAAGGACUCACAGGACUGUAUCGCGGCAUCACGCCAAACUUCCUCAAAGUGUUGCCCGCCGUUUCCAUCAGCUACGUCGUCUACGAAUAUUCAAGUCGAGCGCUGGGCAUUAAGAUGUCGUGAUUUGUUUACACACUGACGCUUAUGUGCAGCUGCGCUGGCGAUGUGGCAUGUGGCGGCCGUCUGCAGUGCGGAUGGCGACGUUUUGUUAUGGUGUGUGAUGUGUUGUGCAGUUGUGCGGUUGUGCUGGCUGGGCAGAUGGGAUUGCACCGCUUUGUACAGUAAAAAUAAUAGGGGAUAGGUGUAAGGUGUGGUUAUGGCAUGCCCCAGCCCCGAGAUGCGCUCUCUCUCCAUCUCACUUUUCGCUGCAAACGCCAAUAUGUCGACGACGACGAAGAGAACGAGGCCGACGAUGACGACGACGUUGAGAACGAAAAUGAGAACGAGGACAGAUCUUUCUCCAGGGAAGUAAAGGACAACUGACGUGGACUAGCUGCUUUCCUUAAGGUGUAGAACAAGAACAAGUCUCUUCCAUGCUCUUGGUGUAUAUUUCUUUAUAAUUUAUAGUUAAAUUAGUUUUGGUUACUUUCUAAAAUACAAAUUAAGUGAUACUACGGCUAAUUUAUUUAUAAACUAAAACAAAACAAAUGCAAACAACAAUGAUGUUAUAAUUAGGCAUGUGUGUGUUGUGUGUUGUAAGGACGUGAAUAUGGACAAAGAUACAAGCAAAAAAACACAAGAUCCUACAAAGAAACACAAUAGGUGCAGGCCGUUAUAACUUUAAGUGCUUAUUUAUUUAUGUUACAUAGGCUACAAACCGAGACAAUUUGCAAUCGCAGAAUGUUUAGACUAGUUAUGUGGAGCUAUAAAAUACCAAAAAAAAAAAAAAAGAAAAGAAAAGUAAAUCAGCUAAUAGCGAAUGAAAGCAACUAAAAUCUAAACUUUAAAAACGGGCGGGGUGUAGAAAUGAAAAAGGAAUGAAACGAAUACAAAAUAAAUACUUAGGAGCGUUUUAAGCUUGUACACAGAAAAGACAUAAAAACUAAAGAAACUACUCGUAUUUGUUUAGCAUAAAAUUACAAGAACAUAACUUAACGUUUUGAAAUGUGAUGAUAAUAGUUUAUAAUAUAUUUACACAUCUACAUACAUACACAACACGGACACACUCACUUUCACACACACACAUACAUAUAAUACCGACCUAUGCGCUUGUAAAAAACAGUCGCAGUUUUGUUCGACGGCGAGGCUGAAAACUUUUUGUAGCAUUUUAUUUGUUUACUUUUAGGUGACAUUUAAUUCUUAGAUCGUAACGCAAGUGAAGCCAACGAGAUUAAUUGUGACUAAAGCAAAACGGAAAAACAAAAUUAUCUUAUUUAUUUUCAUCCAAUAUCAAACCAUAAAAACUGUAAAUUCUAAUUCUGGGAUUUUUAUUAUUAUUAUUACUAUAAUUAUGAUAUCAUUAUUACUAUAUGUAUGUCAUAUUUACACUUAAUUAGCCAAUUGAAUUUUUUACUGUACAUUUUUAGUGAAAAUAGUACUACAAACUAUUUGUGAAUUCUCUUAACUAUUAUUACUUACGCAUUUUUUGUAAAACUGUAAUUAAAACUGCAACUGAAACUGAAACUGAAAACUGCAAGUUGAAAGAAGCAUCAUGUUCAGUUUUGGGAGAGAAACAUGAAACAGAAAAAUAAAAAGAAAACGAACACUCAUCCAUUGAAAACAAAGACAAGAUCAACGCAUAAAUAAUAAAAUCAAAUUUUUAACUACAA